UCCCCAAACAGCCUUCAAGAGUUAGGGAUUGAAAUUGGAAAAGAAAGAGGGAAAAACACAGUUGCCUGAAAAGGUGAAGCAGCAUAUUGCUACUAACUUCACCUCUGCACUCGAGCUCCUACUUGUGGGUGUAUCUACAAUGGCGGACGAAGAUUUCCCACCUCCGGUGAGGUUGAUGAAUUUUGUCUCCGAAGAACAGUUGGCAGAAUCCAAGAAAACUCGGGGUGCUCGGGUUGAAGACGGAACUGCUCAGAGAGAUCGCCCACUUUAUGAGAUCUUGAUGGAGAACAAGGACAAGAAAGAUGCUGAAUUUAAUGAACGCUUUAAACACCAACCACCCAAAGCCUUAGAUGAGGACGAGACCGAGUUUCUUGAGAAGCUUGAAAUGUCAAGGAGAGAAUAUGAGAAGCAAGUGGCUGAUGAAGAAGACGAGCAGCUGCGAAGUUUUCAAGCUGCUGUUGCUGCAAAGUCUACGAUUGUACACGAAAUCAAGGAGAUGCCUCUUGUUCCCAAAGUCCAGGAGCCGAAAUUAAUUAAGAGGAAGAAUCCUCCAGCUAAUCCAUUGGGAAUGAUUGUCAAAAUCAAGCCACAAGCUAAGAAAGCUAAGAUGGAUCUGGUAUCUUCCGUCUCUUCUUUGACAACAGCUACCAAAGCAUCCAAUGAUGACAAAAAACAGCCUUCAUCAGAUGUUGAUAACGUAUCCAAAUCUGAAACAGAAGAAUCCCAGAGAUUAACAAAAAGACCUAGUGCUAAUGCUGACAACCACGAACCUGUUACAAUAGGUGGUUUGGUUUCAUAUAGUGAUGAAAGUGACGAUGAUUGACUGUGGCAUGUUCAUAUAUUAAUGAGAAUUUGCCUUGGUUUAACCACAUCUCGAGAGGAACUAAAGCCAAACAAAUUCACUGUCACAUCCUCUUUUAUGUGUUCUAGCAGAGACACAAACUGCUUUCUUCAAACACGUACAAUAUUAAAUUUCUGUAGAAGAUAA